AAAAAAUUUCGAUAGAGAAUAGAGAUACGGUCUAGGGAACUUUUCUCCAGUUUCCCAUUUCGGUUUUUUUGUAUCAUAGCAAUUUUCAUAUUAAAAAUGGUUUCAGUUUUGAAUUUAGUGAAAAGAAAUAACUUGGGCCACCUAUCAAAGUAUUUGGCUGCAAAUGACCGAAUCUAUCAACACGUUAGGAGUGCAUCAAAAUGGUACCCGGGCGUCGAAGAAAUGAAAAAAUUUGAACGACCUGUAAUGUUUGUACCUGAAGAAGCAGGUGAUUGGAAGGUGGAAGCAUGGAAUUCUAAUCCGCAGCCUGUUGAACGAGAAGUGAAAAACAUGACCAUCAAUUUUGGACCACAACAUCCAGCUGCCCAUGGUGUACUUAGAUUAGUACUGGAACUGGCAGGAGAGGUUGUUAUACGAGCUGAUCCUCAUAUUGGACUUUUACACCGUGGUACAGAAAAAUUAAUUGAAUACAAGACAUAUACUCAAGCAUUGCCAUAUUUUGAUCGUCUUGAUUAUGUAUCUAUGAUGUGUAAUGAACAGUGUUAUUCGUUGGCUGUGGAAAAGUUGUUGAACAUUGAUAUACCAUUGAGGGCAAAGUAUAUCAGAACUUUGUUUGCGGAAAUUACUCGUUUGUUAAAUCAUAUUAUGGCUAUUGGUACACAUGCAUUAGAUAUUGGUGCUAUGACACCAUUCUUUUGGUUAUUUGAAGAACGAGAAAAAAUGAUGGAAUUCUAUGAAAGAGUAUCUGGAGCUAGGAUGCAUGCUGCAUACAUUCGUCCUGGAGGUGUAUCUCAGGAUAUACCACUUGGAUUAAUGGAUGAUAUUUAUCAGUUUAUAUCAAAGUUUGGGGAACGUAUUGAUGAAACUGAAGAUAUGCUUACAAAUAAUGGUAUUUGGAUUGCUAGGACACGUGAUAUAGGUGUUGUGAGUGCCGAAGACGCUCUAAAUUUAGGUUUUAGUGGUGUUAUGUUACGUGGUUCUGGUAUCAAAUGGGAUUUACGUCAAACACAGCCUUAUGAUGCAUACCAUCUUGUUGAUUUUGACAUACCUAUCGGUGCUCGUGGUGAUUGUUAUGACAGAUACUUAUGUAGAGUUGCAGAAAUGAGACAAUCACUUAGAAUUAUUGAACAGUGUUUGAAUCAAAUGCCAGCUGGAGAAAUUAAAACUGAUGACAUGAAAGUAUCAACACCGUCUAGAUCAGAAAUGAAAAACUCUAUGGAAGCUUUAAUUCAUCAUUUCAAAUUGUUUACACAAGGUUAUCAAGUACCUCCAGGUGCUACAUAUACUGCAAUUGAAGCACCCAAGGGUGAAUUUGGUGUCUAUUUAGUUUCUGAUGGUACUUCUAAACCAUAUAGAUGUAAAAUCAAAGCACCUGGAUUUGCACAUCUUGCUGCAUUAGAGAAAAUAGGAAAAAAACACUUCCUUGCUGAUAUUGUCGCUAUUAUUGGAACACUUGACGUUGUCUUUGGUGAAAUUGAUCGUUAAGUUUUUGUGUUUACUGACACAAGUGCAGUCUUGUUCCUGUACAUUAUAUAAUAUAUUAAAUCAUGAAGUAAAGUGUUUUUCUAGAGAUAAAGCUGUAAAAAUAUUGAAAUUAUACUAAUUUUAUCUAAGUAUACUGCAGUAGUAUAAGACUACUGGUUGAUUAACUGUA